GAAAUUGAAACAAAUGAUAUUUUGCUUGGAUUCGAUGACCAGAUGUUUCAAUCAGAGGUUUUUCAAAGACCUUUUCAAUAUCUUCAAGGCCUGGAGGCAAACAAAAAGACUUUACCAAUUUUUAACCGCUUUUUACGAAGCGGUAACAAACGUCAAUGCUUAGAGACGCUCAUGAGACACUGCUGUGUGGAAGAUCCUUUGUGGUCGGAGCUGAGAAACUUUGUGCACUUUUUGAAUACACAGUUGGAAGAUUUUGAAAAGUCUGUUUAUUGUGGCUCUGAAAUGGCUGCUGACUUACCAGGGUUUUCAAAAUUUGUUUUGAGAUUUUUGAUUCAAAUGUCAAAGGAUUUUUCAACAAGAUCAUUGAUGAUGUCUGAAGACGAGGAAAACAUUGAGUCAAUCAUUCAUGAAGGUCAAAUGGAGAAUGAAAACGAAGAAACAAAUGAUGAGAAUGAAAUUAUUGACUUAUCCCAGUUUCAAAUAAGACGUCGUUGGGAAUCGAGUGCUCAUCCAUAUUUGUUUUUCAACCCUGAUCAUCACACUAUGACGUUCAUUGGGUUUAAUAUCAGCAAAGUGAACAGAAAUUUAGUCGACAACCAGACAGGUCAAGUUCUAGAAAGAAAGAUAAUGACACCGAACCUUUGGGAUGCCCUGGUUGCUAACUGUGUACCACUCCAAGAGAAUUUUGAAGACCUGAAUAGGUAUGAAAAGCUAGAAAGACUCUGCAGGGUGAUUGGGAAUGAGUUUCCUCAUGAUCCAGAUGAAACAUAUGAACUGACAACAGACAAUGUGAAAAAGAUGAUGGCGAUAUAUAUGCGAUUCAGAUGUAACAUUCCAGUCAUCGUUAUGGGUGAAACAGGGUGUGGUAAAACACGCUUAAUUAAGUUCCUUUGCGCUCUACAGUGUCCUCCAGGGGCUGAGAUAAAAAAGAUGGCAGUAAUGAAGGUACAUGGUGGUACAACGAAGAAACACAUAAUUGAAAAAGUGAGGAAAGCUGAAGAAACAGCAAAAGCAAACUGCGAGUCCAGUGGGAAUCACAUAUUUACUGUUUUAUUCUUCGAUGAAGCAAACACUACUGAAGCCAUUGGCAGCAUCAAAGAAAUCAUGUGUGAUGGGACGAUUGAUGGAAGACCGAUUAAUUUGAAUGAGAAUCUUAAAUUAGUUGCUGCAUGCAAUCCUUACAGAAAACACCCAGAUGAGAUGAUUGCAAGACUAGAAAAAGCAGGAUUAGGCUAUCAUGUGAACGUGGAGGAAACAACUGAUAGACUCGGUCGCAUACCAAUGAGGCAUCUUGUGUACAGAGUCCAGCCUCUUCCUCAAAGCAUGAUCCCAUUAGUGUGGGACUUUGGACAGUUAGACUCCACUGUUGAGAGACUCUACAUAAUACAAAUGUUGAACCGAUACAUGCAAAAUGGCACUAUUCCUAGAACAAAUGCAGAUACAAAGAUGGUUCUUGCAGAUAUUUUAACGGCAUCUCAGGAUUACAUGCGGGAUUUACAGGAUGAGUGCAGUUUUGUUAGCCUUAGAGAUGUCGAAAGAACUUUGAAAGUAUUUGGCUGGUUUUACAACCAAACAAACCUUUUUGAAGAAAUGGAUGAAAUCAUCGACGAUUUUACUGAUUCGGACACAGAAACAUCAGAAGAUGAAGUUGUUGUUCAUGAAUUUGUUCAGACAUUUGUUCAUAAAGGUUUCAAGACAAGAGACCAUGAGAGAAUUACAAGAUCAAUUAUACUUGCCCUUGGAGUGUGUUAUCACGCAUCUUUGAAGAAUCGCGAAGUGUACAGAAAUCACAUAUCAGGAUAUUUUAGACAUCCCUUGAAUCUACAAAGUGGUGGAAGACAGAUAGAAAAAGAGAUAAAAAAAUGUCAAAGAAUAUUCCUCGAGAAAGUGAACUUGAAUGAAAACAUUGCAAAAAAUAUGGCACUACGAGAGAACUUUUUCAUGAUGGUUGUAUGCGUGGAGCUUGGCAUUCCCUUAUUUCUUGUUGGAAAGCCAGGGAGCUCAAAAUCUCUUUCAAAGUCAAUACUUGAUCAAAACAUGCAAGGAAGGGAAUCCCAUUCUGAAUUAUUCAAAAAUUUCAAACAGGUUCAAAUCAUCUCCUUCCAAUGUAGCCCUUUGGCUACUGCUGAGGGCAUCUUAAAGACAUUUCAACAAGCAAGUAAGCUUCAAGAGAACAAAGACCUGAGCAGAUUUACCUCUGUGGUUGUUCUAGAUGAAGUUGGUUUAGCAGAAGAUUCUCCAAGAAUGCCUCUCAAAGCACUUCAUCCGCUGUUGGAGGACGGAUGCCCAGACGAUGAGGAGUAUCAAGAACACAAAAAAGUUGCAUUUAUUGGAAUAUCCAAUUGGGCCCUUGAUCCAGCCAAAAUGAACAGAGGAAUUCUAGUACAACGAGAGGUUCCAGAUGAAGAGGAACUAAUUGAAAGUGCAAGAGGAAUUUGCUCUACCAACGAGGAAGUGCGAGAAUUGUUGGAGGACCUCAUUCCUAAACUGGCAAAGGGUUAUCUUCAAGUUUUCCAGAAAACAAUAACUACCGGUGAAUUAUUUGGUACAACAUCCAGAGACCAAUUAAAAGCAAGAGAAUUUUUUGGACUACGCGACUUUUACAGCUUGGUAAAAAUGAUGUUUGCCAUCGCUUCCCGGUCAAUGGAAAUUCCAACACCAAAGGACAUUGCAUAUGUUAUAAGAAGAAAUUUUGGAGGAUUGCAAGGUCUCGAUCCAGUUGCAGAGUUUUCUGACUAUGUGGAUGAGUUACAAGAAUUUAAGGAUGAAGAGGAUGGUUUUGCAGCUGAUGUAGCUCUAGUGCGAAAAUGUCUAGAACACGGAAGUGUGGAGAGUGAGUCUCGAUAUGUUUUACUGCUGACUGAAAAUUACAGUGCCCUUACUUUGCUUGAGCAGUUACUUACAACCGAUGAAAAUACACAAAUAUUGUUUGGCUCUAGCUUUCCAAAGGACCAAGAGUACAUUGAGAUUUGUCGGAAUAUAAAUAGAAUCAAAGUCUUCAUGGAGACAGGAAAGACAGUGGUUCUGUUGAAUUUGGAAAACCUUUAUGAAAGCUUGUAUGAUGCAUUAAAUCAGUAUUACAUGGAAAGUGGCUCUGAAAGAUUUAUCGACUUAGGACUUGGAACUCACAGAGUCAAGUGCAAGGUGGAUAGGAACUUUAGACUUAUAGUUGUGGCAGAGAAAAGAGUUGUGUAUAAGGAAUUCCCCAUCCCACUAAUCAAUCGUUUGGAGAAACACUUUCUUACCAUGGAAGGACUCUUAACAAAUGCUCAAUUGCGACUUUCUAAGGAACUUACUCACUGGGUGGAAGAAUUUUCUGCAUGUCCCAGGCAAAGUGUUGGUCCGGAGGAAGUAUUCAUCGGAUACAAUCAAGACACAUGCCCUGGAGUCAUUCUUCAAUCAUGGGAUCUUUGCACACAAAAACAUGACAAUGAAGACGACGAUUUUAUGGAGGAUGUGCUCCGAACAGCCAAAUAUUUGUUGCUCUGGAGUUGUACGCCAGACGCUCUUUUCCGCCUUCAAUUCAGUAGCCUGAGCAUGUUUAGAGAGGAAUAUACUAAGGUUUACUUUGAUCAGCAAUGCCAUGAUAGUCUCUGUUCAUUUUUACAACAUCGCAUCGAUGAAGAAACAUUUAGAGGCCAUUUUAUCCAGGUCACUACUCAUUCCAAGUUAUUGUCAAUGGAGGACAAGCAGGACAUAGAAAACAAUAUUCCAAUCUUACAAGGGAAAAUAGCUCUGCUAUCUUUACAAGCUUUUGGAACAGAACAACAAUUUUCGCGACAAAUUAGAGAGAUUGCUCAGGAAAAAUGUGGACUCCUCAUUAUUCAGUGUGACACAGGUGACGAGAAUUCUAACCUGGUGUCAUGCGCACGACAUUGUGUUCAGAGGGAAAUGAACAACUCUCGAGAAUCUUGCAUUAUAUUCCUUGUCCAUCUGUCUCGAGUGUGUAAAGCUUAUUUUACAGGUUUUCAGACUGGAUUAUGGAGUUCUGUCCACAUCGAUGAUCUACGUUUAUCGACAUUGCCAAGUGCCCAAAAGCUGUUUGAAAUGACUCUUUCAGAACUAUUAAAUGAAAGUCUUAAAAUGCAGUCAGAUGGAGAAAAAAAGAUUUACAAAGUGGACAUGCGGAAACUUUUUCUUGAUUGUCUUCAUCCGGCAUUAGCAUCCAUCUCUGAUAUGUCAGAAUCUGGUGAAACGUCUAUAGACAGAGUAAAAACCGUAUUUGCCCUAUUGGAAAAAGAACAUGGCCUAACACAGGGGCAUUUUGGAUAUGUAGUCAUGCAGCAUCUAGUGAAAAUUAUAGCUCUUGAGGAGGAAGACCUGUCAAUGCUUGAUCACUCUAGCUUGGUUCAAAGAGCGGCAGAUAUAGGGAACAUUAGCAAAUGCGGCACUUUAAGGUCAAGCUGUAGCAAAAGCAUUGAGGGAAGAGUAAUACCUCUUUUAGCCAGGAUUAUCUGUUUCCUGGACACAAACAACAACCUGCAAAUUUUAGACAAUGCUUGUGAGUGUAGCUGGGUGUACAUAGCUUGGAUGAGAAUGUUUUCUGCAGUUGAUGCAAAGAUUCUAAAUAAAGAAAGGGAACUUGUUACUCAAUCCACAGGAAAGAACAUUGGAUUCAAAUCGAUUUUUCCGUUUUCGUGGUUGCUCUUUGAGAACGUAGAGAAGAUUCUGCAAAGUUGCUAUGAGAGUAAAAUAGGGAAUUCAGCUGAGGAAUUAUUCAGUCAGUCACCAAUGGCUAUGAUUAUCAAUGAUGUCACCAAGGGAAAAGAUACGAUCCCUGCAAUGCAAUUAUACAUAUCCGAUUUUGUCAAUAUGAAGUGCACGACUUUUUCAAUUCGAGAGAAGCAGCUGAUUUGUGAAUCCUUGGUUGCUAACAUUGAACAGAGACCGAUGGGAAUUCCAGAAUCAUUGUCAGACCGUCUAGUGUGUAUACAUAGCGUUUUUAAAGGAAUGGAAGACUCUGUGAAGACCUUUUGUGACAUUGCAUCUCUGCUCGAACAUCUACAGAAUGAAAAAUUCUUUGAACAUGUCCAAAACAGUUACCAGAUGCUUGACAUUGGAUCUGUAAAAUACCUUUUGGAAAAACUAAAUCCCAUAGAUGCAAUAGAAUCACGUGAUGGGCAGACAUUUUGGAUGCAGCAAUUUCAGUUUUACAAACCUUUUAUUGAAAGGAUUUUACAUCAAUCAAUUGAAACCCUACAACCAGGCAAUCCUAGACGUCGAUUUAUUGAACAAAUGAGGUCAACAUGGGCAAAAAUCACAGCAUUGAAAUUAUAUAUAGAAAAUAUAGCAGGAGACGAGAAAACAGAUAAAUUGAUCAACCAAGACUGUAAAUUUCUUUGGAAGUAUCUUGGAGAAAAUGCAAACUUCAAAUCAAUUGAAACAGUAGAAAAAUUUGAAAAAUUUCUGAAGGCUUCAAACAAGAAAGCCAUGAAGGACUUUUUAGACAAAUUUGGUAAAUGCCAUUAUUGCCAAAAGACAUUAAGUUCAACUCCUCCAAUUAUACUUCCAUGUGGUCACAGAAUAUGCAGAGAGAAUUGUCAGGUAAUGAUAAUUACUGAAGGAGAUAUAGGAAAGUGUCCAGAGUGUUCGGUGGAAUUUGAAAAUGGUGCAGAAUAUGACAGGAAUGAAGUAGAAAGGGAAGAGAUGAAGCCAUUUUGGGACUACCAGAAAAAGAGUAAUAAGUUUUACAUGCAAAUCGAAUCGCAACUAUGCUUUGAAAACUCUACAGCCCCAAGUGAAGAAGUUUGCAAAAAACUUCUGCAGCUAGUCGUUUUCAAAAAGAAAAUUCCUGAGCUUGAUAUGACCAUCAUAAGAACCAAAGAUAUUGGUGUAUUUGAGACAAUAGUGGACACCACACCAGUUUUUAGAUCUUUUCUGUUGCAAUUACUUAUUAGAAGCAAUGAGGAUACUGUUCUGCAACUUUUCUUGAAAGAAACUGUUGAGGUCUUUGAUGACGGCAUUCAUGGGUCACACAUGAAAGACAUAUGCUUAAUGCUGAUACAAUGUAUUGAGGACUCUUUAAUGGAGGAAUCACUAUCCCAGAGUUUCCAGUCUGAAAUGGAGAGAGAAAUUCGUUUUGCAAAGGAAUUAAUGUUAUUAGCAAAGGAACAGUUACAAUCAGAAGGAAAGACUGUUGACAAAAUUAAAUCCAUUGCAAGAGCUCGUUUUGGUCUUCAAGUGACGGCCAGGUAUUUGCACAAGCUGUUAAAUGCAUCGUGGGAAUUUACAGAAUCUGAAUUGGCUAUGUGUACUGACUUAUUCCAAACGUCUGCCAGUUUGUGCGACUCGCCUUUGGAACACAUCAGAAUGUAUUUGCUAAAGCACAUCUGCAGACGUUACGGUUUGGAAUUCUACAGAAAUCUACAAUCCUCAAAUGAAUCUUGGGUGUUCCCAUCAGAGGAUGGAGAUCAUAGAGAAAAAGAAAGUACAGAGCAAUAUAGUCCAGAUUACUGUCUCGUACUUGGAGAACAAUACAGAAAAAUAAAAGAGAAGAUAAGUGAAAUUUUGGUACCCACGGACAUGUCAAAGAAACUGAAGCUUAAAGACAAAUCCCGCACAGUUCAAGUAUUUUUCCUUCUGGGACUCUGUAGAGAAAUGAAAUCACGGUCAUUGUUUCAAGAAGAAAAAAUGCAAACAAAAGAACAGUUAAAAUGUAAGCUGCAGAAAUUAUUGAAAAACCAGAAACUCCAAAUUGUGAUGGGAUAUCUAGAGGAAAUAUUUGACGAUUCUCUUGGACGAUCGUGUGAACAGCUUACCCUCAGCCUUUGUGAUAAUAUGCAUGAGGAAAGUAUUAUAUUUCUCAUCCUCCAUUUGAUGUUCGUUUUAAAAGUGACUGGAAAUAAAGGACAAUUGCUUCCACUUCAUGCCUUAGCAUAUGAACCAAAUGUCUUGGAGAAUGUAUUUUUACCAACAAUGCCUGAGGAGUGUUUAUCUAGAGAGAUCCAGGAGGAACUCCAGAGAAUGGAGAAAAUAGCCAACAAAACUCACCACAACUUUACGUGGUAUCGUUGUCCAAACGGUCAUCUUUAUGGAGUUGGUGAUUGUGGAAAUCCUACCCAGAAAGGUCGUUGUUAUGAAUGUAAUGCAGAAAUUGGUUCGGAAUUGGAAAGAAAUCGUGCAGACAAUGUAAAGUAUACUGGGGAUGAUCAAAGUCGCAGAGGUCAUAUUCUUGGGACACCAAGCGACAGAUCGUUUGACGCUGUUUCGGAAAGAAAUCUUUCUCCAAUUUCUAAUGCAGUUUUAAGGGUUUUGAUACAUCUCUCGAUGUUUAUAGGGGCUAAUUACAACAUUGAGGAAAUGACAAAAUUGAUUCAUCCUACCGUACACGAGGAUGAUGUUCCCCAAUUCCUUUGGGAUCACAUUCUGGUGGAUAUAAGCACAUUGAGGAAAACAUUAGAUCAGGGCUUAGAUGGAGUUUUUAUGCUUCUUCAUGUACUUGUUCAUUCUUUCCUGAGAGAAGAGCCGCCUCUUGCAGUUGCCAGUAGAAAUAAUCAGGACACACCAGUGCAUAUCUUGCAAACAAAAGAUGGAAGAAAACUUUGGGAGAUGGAGUUUUCAAUGACUUACAUUGCGGAAGUAUUGCAGAAGAGCAAAGAGCUUUUCAAGACAUGUGAAGAUAUCCUAUCAGAGGACACGAGCAUAGUCUCAGAUCCUGUUUUAAGAAGAGUGUUUGAUUUGGAUGACGCAACACGUGAACAGUUUAACUUUAAUGAAAUGCAGACAUGUGAAUUUAUGUGGCAACAUAGGAUAAAAGUCUCUUUUGAACACUUUGUCCAUGAGUUUCAUAUGUUAAGGGACAGAUUAGGACCAGAGGUGGAACGAUUUGUUCUUCUAGAUGCAUUCUUAAGACAGGACUGUUAUUUGAGAUACCUAAGAUAUAUCCCAGCUGUCGUAAGAAUGCAGAGUGUCUUGAAAGCUAAAUACAGAAAACAGAUAACCAGAGAAGAGGCCAGAUCCAUUACCAUAAGAGAUUGCCUUCAGCAAUGUAGACAAGAUCCAUUCAGCAAGGAGAUCGAAGAUGGAGUGGUCUCCAUCUGUGAACUGUGGAAAUGUUUCCGGAAGUUUUACUUCGACUUCGAAACACAAGAUAUGAACAAGGAAAUAGAAGCCCUAUUAGAACGUAAUAUAGAUGUAGAUGUUGAUAGUGUAUCAUUACUUAUCCCUGACACUAGAGGAAGUGGAACAAUAAUCAGUCUUUUAUUUCGAUUCAUGAUUGGGAAGCAAAAUGCAUUUAUGAAACUGUUCGAAGAUUUAACACAGACAAGGACUAGCCAUGUGAAGGAUAUAAGUUUUGACGAAUUGGCGACAAGUGAUCUUAUUUCAUACCAUCACAAGGCCGACUUGCUUCCUAUCAUCAUAUCAAAUUGUAAUUACACAUAUGCUAAAGAUGAAAGGACAACUUUGGACUACGAUUUUGACAGUAUCCAAUCAGCUAUAAAAAAUCAGAUAUUACAAGGAAAACCAAUUCUAAAUGUCAGUGCAUGGAAAUGGCCCUGGAAUACUGUAUAUCGGGCUGACGCCGAUAUGACGAGGUUUGCUACACUAAAUGCUAGGAUAAAUCAGAAACCCUUGGAUAAAAUGCUUCAGAGACAGAUAAUAACUGAUUUCACGGAUUUACCAGACAUUUACGAAGCCAUAGAAAAUAUAGACACGGUGGUCAACUUUCUUCUUUCCGUGAAUUGCAGUGGUGAUGAUCUGCUGAGUGAAUUUAUGGAGAAUAUUUUACAAAUGAGUUCACUUUUAAGUCAAAAGGCCAGCGUUUCCUGUAGACUUCACCACGUCCAGUCUCUGUGGUUUCUGUUCAUGUUUGAAAAGACAAAGAGACUUACCUUAAGUGAAAAGGAUGGCUUUGAAAGUAUUCAUGAAAACAUUAAGGAGCCUUUGAGUGAACAGAUGUGUAAAGACCUCUGUUGGUACUUGACAGACUUGUCUACGGAGAAACUUGGCGUAAUCCUGGAACAAUUGUUGGAAUGUAUCUUAUUCACAUUGAAUCAGGGUCAAUGGAACUAUGGUUCUUAUUCACAUAGCUUGAGUGAAACGCUUAUGGUUCAUUUGGAGGAUCCUAUUUAUUCUGAGGUGGACUUAAAAACUCUUGGGUUAAAUGAUGUACAGCGGUUACCAUCCACCAUACUGUCUUCCCAUUCCGUAGAAGUGUGGAAAAUGAUCAGUCGCAUAAUUCAAAGUCGUGAAUGAAUAAAGAAUACAAAUAACUAGAUUAGUACACAACUUUCACUCUUUUAUUUUAUCACACAUUGAAAUGAUGUACUUUCUGUUCAUGUAAAAAAUAUAACGAACAACGUAAAACAAGACAAGUCGUAUUGUAUCUCCCUUCACGGAAAGGAAACAUGCUUUGCUCUGAAUUUUGCCUGAUAAUUUUUGCUUAAAUUAAUUCUUCUUUAUACAUGUGUCAUUGUAAACAGUUUGUGUUUGUAGGUCUUUGUGUAUUUAUAGAUGGUUUGAAUGAUAAUUUAUUUUUUUUAGCAUGGAUAUAUUGUUCUCUACAGCCAAAUAAUAUGUAAUAUUUUAUAAGUCGGAGAAUUUGUUUGUUUAUCAACGUGAUUUUAUUUUUUUUUCCAACUACAUGUAUUACCAUUUUUCAUAGUUUUUAAAACUGCAAUGUGUAAUGAUAUAAAAUUGUAUAUUAUUGCUUUAAUAAUUGAAGAAAACCAUAACACGUUUUAACAGUGUAAUUGAGAAGAACUCAAAAGAAAUGUGAUUCAAUUAACUCAAACUAUCAAAUACAGAUUUUAAAAUAUACUGCUGUGCUCGAAGUUCAGAUGUUAAACUUAAAACUUAAUUAAAAAAAAUUACAUGGUUAUACUACAACCAAGGUUGUUAUUAUAACUGCAUUUCCGCGAUAAUAUACAUUUGUAUUUUUGUUAUUUGAUUACUAGUAUUGGUGAUUGAAUGAUCCAAGUGUCAUAUUUAUUCUUAUAAAAUAAAAAAUUUCCAUGUGUAUUUUAUGAUCAUAUUGGAUUAAAGAAUAAAUUAUAUUCCACACAAAGAAUGGACA